GUAGAGAAGUUCCACCAGACCUCAGCUGGUGUACAUCUGCUUUGAAUACAUAAAAUAUGCUUUGGUGUACAUAACCUUGAGACAUAAAAUGGAUGUGUGAUUUUAUUUCUCCUGAGAGGUUGUUCUGAGUGUGCAGGUUACCGUGAUAUCUAAAUCCACUAUUUGGACUCCCUGUGUCUGAUGGAAAAGAAGACUGAGUACCUGUUUGUUGUGAACUAGAAAGCCGAAAAGAUUCUUUACAAGAUUUCUCAGCCUGUGGUGGCUGUGUUUAUUGUAAGACUGUAUCAUAUUGGAUAAUCCUGCUUGAUGAACUUCUUGGAAAAUCCUUGAUGGUGAAAUCCUAAGGGUGAUCCUAAGAAUGACUGUGGAUCUUUGCACUGGCCAUGCUUCUAAGCAGCAUGUUAGUCUACAGCAGCAUGAAUACCAUCAACAGUAAUGCCUUGAAGAGACUGAGUACCCUUCCCAGUUUUAUUGAGAAAUUGAUGGGAAUGGAGACCAAAUUGGAUUCCCCUUUCUUGUGGCUGAAUUUCCUUUGGUAAAGCAGAGGGGACCCAGGGCAAAAGAGAAUGUUUAUGGACCCUGACCUCGGUGUUUGUCGCGCCGGCCGCGACAAGUGGCGUCUGAACAGGGACCUGAGACAACAAGGAGGAAAGUGAAAGCGGACCGCGUGGCAUCUAAUUCAGGUAGGGGAACUGUGCCAGCAGCACAGACGACGGGAGUAAAACUAUGGGACAGAAACAGUCUAUGGAACAGGGAUAUUUUAUAACUGCCUUGCAGGCUCUUAUGAAGGAGAAGGGAAUUAAGGUUUCUCAGUCAGCCCUUAGGGAAUUUUUUGACAUAGUGCGUGAUUAUUGCCCAUGGUUUCCAGAUGGGGGUACAAUUGAUUUAAAGGAUUGGCAGCGAGUUGGUCAGGAACUUAAAAAUCAAAUGAAGAUUCGUGGAGCUGCGGUUCCAGGGACUUUGUGGUCUACUUGGACCUGUAUUAAGGAGGUCCUUGAUCCGCAGGAUUCUAUUGAAAUAGUUUCUCUUAGCUCAGAAGCAGCCCAACCCUUAGUGACUUCAGAUGCUCCUGUCCCUCCAGAAACUACUUUCAAUGCCCUUUCGGGACAGUCAUGGGUGCCUUCACCUUUACCUCCUCUCCCCCUCCUAGAACAGUUAUCUGUGCAAGAUCCAGAAAAUAAUGAUUACUUUCCUUUUGGGGAUCAGGGAGAUGAUGGGCCGUAUUUGGAAGAUCAGAGGAAGCCUGCCUUCUUGGCCCCUCUGGUCCAGAAGGUACCUUUAAAACGACCUUCUUUUCAGGCACAAGAUAGAGGCUUACCUCGGAUGGCUUUCCCUAUUACUCAGAAUCAACAGUCCACUGAACCUUACCCCAUUAUGGGAGCUACUCCUUUGCAGCGGACUCUGUAUCAAGCAACACAGUAUGGGGAAGACACCUCUGCUUUUCACACUUACCCUGUUAUUCAGCAGGGGGGACAGAGAGUGUACUCCGCCCUAAGUUUUAAAUUGCUGAAAGAUUUGAAAUCCUCUGCAGCCCAGUAUGGUCCAACAGCUCCCUUUACCCUGUCUAUGCUUGAUAAUUUGAGCAGGGAGGCAUUAUGCCCAGGAGAUUGGAAGGUCAUUGCUCAGGCUUGUUUGAGUGUGGGAGAUAACCUCUUGUGGAAAGCAGAAUUUGCAGAGAAUGCUGAAAAACAGGCUAUGUAUAAUAAAAGAACUAACAUACCAGUAGAUUUUAACAUGCUCACGGGUACAGGACAAUAUUAUGAUGUGGGCCUCCAGCUAAAUUAUCCUGAAAUUGCGUAUAAUCAAAUUAAUACCUGUGCCAUUACAGCUUGGAAAAAACUCCCCUCCACAGGGGGCAGAACUGAGGAAUUGUCUAAAAUUAGGCAAGGGCCAGAUGAGAAGUACCAGGAUUUCGUUGGGCGCCUUUUGACUGCAGUCAGUCGUAUCGUUACUGAUGGGGAGGCAGGUACCAUUAUUGUAAAACAACUGGCUUAUGAAAAUGCUAAUUCUGCAUGUCAGGCAGCCAUUCGUCCUUGGAAAAAUCAGGGUACCUUGGAGGAUUAUAUCAGACUAUGUGCUGAGAUUGGACCAUCUUAUAUUCAGGGCAUUACUUUGGCAGCCGCCUUAAAGGGAAUAGACCCCUUACAGGUGCAUGCCCAGCUUCAGGGUAAAAACGUAAGAACUAAUCCAAGGAAGUUGGGUGGAAUAGUGUGUUUCAAAUGUGGCCAAAAGGGCCAUAUGAAGGCCCAAUGUCAUAGUACAAAAAUAAUUCCAACCACCCCCGGUUUGCCAAGUGGCCCUAACAUUAAUAAUAAGCCGGCAAUUAUUUGUCCCAGAUGUAGACGGGGGUAUCACUGGGUCAAUGAAUGCCGCUCUAAAACUGAUUGUAAUGGCAAACCUCUUCAGGGAAACUGGGAGCGGGGCCAGCCGCAGGCCCCUCAAACAAUGGCGGCAAUGUUCCCACAGGCGCCUUCUCACCCAUUGUGUCCAACACUGGAGACCUCCCAGGUAUUAGCCAACUACACCGCGGCACCCCCACCAGUGCAGGACUAGAUCUUGCCCCAGCUCAGUCCGUUUACCUCGAAGGAGGACAGCCCCCUAAAGCCAUCCCCACAGGGAUAUGGGGGCCUCUACCCAGGAAUACUUGGGGGUUAUUAUUGGGAAGAUCCAGCUGGACUCUUAAGGGAUUGAUGAUCUAUCCUGGAGUUAUUGAUGAAUAUUACACUGGAGAAAUAAAAAUUUUGGCCAGCUUAACUAUGGGAACUUUGGUGCUUGAGCCCAAGACUCCCAUAGCACAAUUGAUCUUGAUACCCCGGAUAUCCUCCAAUAAUAAGGCUGUUAAACCUUAUCGGGGAAAUCAGGGGUUCGGCUCCACAGAUCUUUAUUGGGCUAAAGUAAUCUCUGUAGAAAAGCCCAUGCUUACAUUGCAUAUCCAAGGAGUCCCUUUUGAGGGACUAGUGGAUACAGGUGCAGAUGUCUCAGUUAUUGCUCAAAAAAAUUGGCCUGUCACAUGGCCUACUCAAGUGACUAAUAUUCCAAUUAAAGGUGUUGGUUAUGCCUCUGCUCCGUUGCAAAGCUCUGAUUAUUUACAUUGGAGACUGCCUGAUGGUAUGACUGGAACUUUUCAGCCUUUUGUUUUGAAUAUAGAUCUUAAUCUCUGGGGCAGGGACAUAUUAACUGCAAUGAAUUUGACUCUGGAGACUAAGGCAGUCCCGAUUCAAAAACAGACUAAUCUUGCUAUGCACCUUAUGAAGGAAAUGGGCUGUAUUGAGGGGAAAGGCUUAGGGAAGGAGUUGCAAGGGAAUCCUGAGCCAUAUGUCCCCGAGCCUAAAAGAGACCAUUUCGGAUUGGGUUUUUCGUAGGGCCAUUGGAAACUCCUCACGCUAUGCCUCUCCAGUGGAUGACUUCCACUCCAGUGUGGGUUAACCAAUGGCCCUUACCUACUGUUAAGAGGGAGGCUGCUGCUCACCUCAUAGAGGAACAACUGCAAUUAGGUCAUUUAGUUCCCUCCACCAGUCCCUGGAACACCCCAAUCUUUGUGAUUAGAAAAAAGUCAAAUAAAUGGAGGUUGCUGCAAGAUUUGAGAGCAAUUAAUGCUGUCAUGAAGCCCAUGGGGGCUUUGCAACCUGGCCUCCCUUCCCCAUCGGCCAUUCCUUUACAAUAUCAAUUACUAGUUUUGGACUUAAAAGAUUGUUUUUUUACCAUUCCAUUGGCCUCUGGCGACGGAGAACAUUUUGCAUUCUCCCUGCCUUCCACUAACUUAUAGGAACCUGCUAAGCGGUAUCAGUGGCAGGUCUUACCGCAAGGCAUGGCUAACAGUCCGACUUUAUGUCAAGAGUUUGUGGCCAGAGCAAUUGCCCCUUUUAGACAGAGUUUUCCCCAUGUAUAUUGCAUCCAUUAUAUGGGUGACUUACUUUUGGCUGCUGAAACUGAGGAAUUAUUACAGGAGGCUUUUAUUUCUCUCCAAAGAUGCCGUAAAGCAUAUAAUUUGAUUGUUGCCCCUGAGAAAGUUCAAAGGGAAGCACCUUUUGAAUACCUAGGGUAUCUCAUCUCCAAAUCAACUGUCCGACCUCAGAAAGUAUCAAUUAGAACCGGACAUUUGAUUACUCUAAAUGAUUUUCAGAAAUUAUAAGGAGAUAUAAACUGGAUUAGAAAUACACUAGGAGUCACCACAGAACAAUUACUGCCUUUGUUUAAUAUUCUAAAAGGAGAUAGUUCUCCAGUGUCCUCGUGAAGUCUCACUCAAGAAGCUAAAGA